GCUGUGGCGAUGUAGUAGUAGCAGCUCAAGUCUCACCUGUGUCACUGUCACCUGUCUCUUCCCUUUCCGCCGGAACAGAAAUGAUCCGUUUCCUCCUUCUGUUCAGUCGCCAAGGGAAGCUACGUCUACAGAAAUGGUAUGUGACGCUCCAGGAAAAGGAGAAACAAAAGAUAACACGGGAAUUGAUUCACACUAUCCUUACUCGAACACCUAAAAUGAGCAGCUUUGUUGACUGGAAGGAUCUAAAACUUGUGUACAAAAGGUAUGCCAGCCUGUACUUCUGCUUUGCAAUAGAAGAUCAGGAUAAUGAGCUGCUGACGUUGGAGAUUGCCCAUCGAUUUGUGGAGCUAUUAGACAAGUACUUUGGGAAUGUCUGUGAGCUGGACAUUAUUUUUAACUUUGAAAAAGCAUACUUUAUCUUAGAUGAGUUCCUGAUGGGUGGAGAAAUACAAGAGACCUCCAAAGACUCUGUAGUGAAAGCCAUCGAGGAUUCUGAUAUGUUACAAGAGACAAUGGAAGAAUAUAUGAGCAAGCCAACUUUCUAGGAGAGAUCAGACUAUAACAGCAACAGAGUCUGCAUUGUGAGUUUCCUUUGGUUACAGAGAAUCCACCAGCAUCAAAGAACUCUAUUUUAUGGCACUGCUGGGCGGGCCUUCACUAUGCUAGUUACCAGACCGGAAAUGCACAAAUCAAUAGAACGUUAUUGCAAAGACUAUAGUGUUCAAUCUUUAGACGCCUUAUGGACCAUAUAUUUGAAUAUGCAACAGGAAUAAACCUAUGCAAAGAAAAAAAGAAGCUUUUUAAUCCAGAAAUAAAAUAUUUUUUUAUUUAUAUAUUUUGUGUACCUGUAUUAGACAAAAGAUUGGAUUCUGGUAUUUAAACUGUUUUUGUACUUUUAUUUUUUUGUUGGGAAUCUAAAGUAAAAUAAUCUUUUAACCAAUUUGCAGCAAUAGCGGUCAGUAACAACUAGUGAUUUUGUGGUCCUUCCGUGAAGCACAUUAUUAGAACGGUAACACUUGCUAAAUGAUGUAUAUAGAUUUUCACUAUAUUUAUAUGAAUAAUUUAAGCAGGAGAACCAAUUUAAUGUUUGUCAAUGGACAAUAACACAAUGUUUACUGGAUUUUCUUAGGUUUUCUGAGAUUCAAACUGUAUUUUUUUCUUUUCUUUAUAUCAACCUAUUAUUAUUUCUUUGUAUUUUUCUAUAUUUUGUGAUAUUCAAUACAUUCUUCUCUAUCUUCUCAAAAAAUGUAAUUUUCUUUAGGCAUUGCUGCCAAAUUGUUAUAUUGGUGUUUUUUUAAUUUUUGUUUUGAAUUAUUUAUAAGUAUUUUAUUCUUGCAGUCUUUGGGGAUAUAAUAAUUAGUAGAGUGAGGAACACUGCCUUUUAUUCCUGAAGUAGGUAAAAAAAAAUACUUUCAUCUGAUGAAAAGAUUAAGCUUUUCUUCAAUUAAAGUGUGAUCAUGUCUUUCAAAUUAUGGAUCAGCUGUAGUACAACAUUUCACCACAGCUUUACUUAUUCCACAUUAUAAAACACAUUCAUUCCACUAGCAUUUUUAAAGGGACAUGAUACUCAUAUGCUAAAAUCACGGGAAUGUGAUGCAGCAUAACUGUAAAAAUUGACAAAAAUAUCACAUGAACAAUUCUAUGUAAAAUUAAACUUCCUUAAAGGGUCAGUUUACCCUAAAUUGUCUUACCUUUUAAUUUGUUCCCAAUUAUCCAUUUUACCUGCAGGAGUGUCAUUUGAAAUAGCCAAUUUUGCCUGUGGUAUCCAUACCUAUACUGAAAGUUUCUAUACUUAAAGGGACAUUAAAUACUACGUACAUUUUAUAAGCAUAUUAUUGAGGAAAUACCUUGCCUCUCUAGUCAUGGGUGCCGCCAUGUUGAAAUUUGCCUUUCAUUGCAUUCCAGUGCUAAUAUGUUUGCACAUGUGCAGUAACUCUCCUUCAAAUACUUGCAGUGUAACCUAAGUUCCAAAAUGGCUGCACCCAUGAUAAGAGGGAGGUGCAUGAAAUGUAUUUAGUGUUUAAUGUCCUUUUAAGUAUAGGCUAAAGAAAAGUGGUGUCAACAUAGCCAUCAGAAGAAAUUACACUCCCAGUGGGGAUUAGGAGAGAUAUCAUUUUCAAUAGUUUUCUCUACGUAUUGGGCUUUGGUAUACAUACAUAAUAUAAAGAAGCAUUUCAUGUACAAAAAGUGAUAAAAUAAAGAGAUCUGAUUUCUUUGCAAGCUCAACCAAUUUCAAUGGGUGGUGGUUUCAAAGAACAAAUAUUUCAUAUAAAGCACCUGGUAUAACAAGUCAUUGGAAACACAUUAAGGGAGAAACAAUUUUUACAGUAUACAGUCCCUAAUUGGAUGUUUAAAGUCACUUUACAGUGCGCUGUGGCCAAUGAGGAGAGUUUGAGGUAAAAUAAAAAUGUUCUUGUCAGCUUAUAGGCAUAUGCUGUAUCAUUUUCAAAUGAUUCCACGUAUCAUGUCCCUGUUAAAGUGUCCUACUUUUACAGUACUUUAUUGAGAGACUUGUGUUAAAAAUAAAAUCAAUUAUUUGUUUUCCCUGUGGGGAAAAAAACAAUAAACAGUGGUCUUUCUACUUA